AUGGUCUUCAAGCGCUUGGUACAAAUAGGUCGUGUUGUUUUUAUCGCGAAGGGGAAAGACGCUGGUAAAAUUGCCACUAUUGUCGAUGUUGUCGAUGGUAAUAGAGUCCUUAUUGAUGGCCCUAGUACCGGCGUUAUCCGCUGCGUUCGAAACCUCAAAGAUCUUCAAUUGACUAAAUUCGUUGUUAAUGUACGUGUUGGUCAGCGAACCAAGAAAGUAAAAGAGGCAUUUGAUGGUGCUAAAGUAGACCAGCUCUUCAAGCAAACGACAUGGGCUAAGAAGAUCGCUCAGAAGAAAAUCGUGAGUUCAUUAUGA